AUGAAUUCUGAUUCGAGCUCUGUCUCCAGCAGAGCGUCAUCUCCGGACAUGGAUGAGAUGUACCUCAGAGACCACCACCACCGCCACCACCACCACCACCAGGAGAGCCGCCUCAACUCGGUCUCAUCCACGCAGGGAGAUAUGGUGCAGAAGAUGCCUGGGGAAAGCCUCUCUCGGGCUGGCGCCAAGGCCGCAGGAGAAAGCAGCAAGUACAAAAUCAAGAAGCAGCUGUCGGAGCAGGAUCUCCAGCAGCUGCGGCUGAAGAUCAACGGACGCGAGCGCAAGCGCAUGCACGACCUGAACCUAGCCAUGGACGGUCUGCGCGAGGUCAUGCCCUACGCGCACGGGCCCUCGGUGCGCAAGCUCUCCAAGAUCGCCACGCUGCUCCUAGCGAGAAACUACAUCCUCAUGCUCACCAGCUCGCUGGAGGAGAUGAAGAGGUUGGUUGGCGAGAUCUACGGGGGACACCACUCGGCUUUCCACUGUGGGACUGUGGGGCAUUCGGCCGGCCACCCGGCGCACGCGGCCAACGCCGUGCACCCGGUGCACCCCAUCCUCGGCGGAGCGCUCUCGUCCGGGAAUGCCUCGUCCCCGCUGUCCGCCGCCUCCCUGCCGGCCAUCGGCACCAUCAGACCUCCGCACUCGCUGCUCAAGGCUCCGUCCACGCCGCCCGCGCUACAGCUGGGCAGCGGCUUCCAGCACUGGGCGGGGUUGCCCUGUCCCUGCACCAUCUGCCAGAUGCCGCCGCCGCCGCACCUGUCCGCUCUCUCCACCGCUAACAUGGCCCGGCUGUCGGCGGAGUCCAAGGACUUGCUCAAGUGA